CAGUAAGGGUUUAAACCCAGGGUGCGAAGUGCUAAAUAAAUCUGUAAAGUUGGUGCCAAAGUUACAAAACAAAUAAAAAAGAGUUAUUGUUGUGACAAAAGUUGAAAGAAUCCGUGGAAUUCUACAGAAAAGAUUGUUCAACAAUUCUGUUUAGAAUACAAACGUGACACAUAUAUUGAAAAGUUUUUCCAAGUAAAUUCUCAGAAACUCAAGUUCAGAGUUUAAAACAACGGAAGUGGGAAGACAAAGAUUUCCUGCCAUUUCCUGUCGGACCAACCAUCAAUGAACAUUAACCAAAGGAUGGAAGACGACCAUUUAUAAAAUGGCGCGAAAUUUUCCGGGCUUGGCCCGGCUCAUUGUUCUACUGCUCAUGGUGGGUGAAGAGACGUUAUCAGAUAGUCUACAAGCUCCUCGAUUCAUUACUCAACCUUCUGCAUCAGGAUCUAUCGUGGCAGAGGGCAGAACCAAGAUACUUCAAUGUCAAGCUCUAGGUCAUCCUCAACCUCAAUACCGUUGGUUAAAGGACGGAGAUUAUAUCUCCGACUUCUCCUCCGAACCCUUCUACAAGAUCCAGUCCAUCUCCAGGGGGGACACCGGCAACUACCAGUGCAUUGCAAGGAACAGUGUCGGGAGCAUCAUCAGUGAGAUCAUCCCCCUCUCAGUAGCUUUUAUGACGUCGUUCAGUGAGCAGCCAGAUCCCCAGCUGACAGUCAAAUCUGGACAUGCCGCCAUUUUUGAGUUUCCCGCCAUUUCCAGUGAGCCGGAACCUUCGGUCAGUUGGCAGAGCGAUGACCUGGCCCUGCUCUACGGGACAAAGUACGCAACAACCCGGGAAAAUAAACUCAUCAUUCUCAGCGUAGAUGAUUCAGACCAAAAACAAUACAGGGCUCGAGCUACAAAUACGCAGUUAGGACAGGAGGAGAAUUCUGCGUACAUCCAGCUUAUCGUAGAUUCGGACGAUUCGACCGAUGUUUCUCCGGAGAUUAUCGUCCCACCAGAGAACAUGACGAUAAUCCGUCACACGCAGGUCACCGAGCUGCAAUGCAUCGCCAAUGCACGUCCUCUGUAUGAGCUUGAGCUGGUUUGGUUAAAGGACGGUCAACCUAUAGAAGAUUCUGGAAUAUCCUACUCUUUUAAUGAUCUCUGGAACCGAACACUGAGCCUGUUGUCGGCCGAUUUCGUGCACCGUGGUGUGUACACCUGCAAGGCUAGAAUGAGAACAGGGGGACCAACCCUUUCUGCUUCCGCCCUAGUCACUGUUAUAGAAAAACCAUACUUCGAGAACAAGAUGAACUUCGAAACAUUGGGUGAAUUCUCGAAAGCGAUUGAGAUUCCUUGCGAGAUUUCUGGAGAGCCCAAACCCAACAUUACUUGGUACAGAGACGCGGAGCCUUUGGAUCAGAUCCCUGCAGUACGUUAUUCUGUACAGGAGAACAAUUCUUUAUAUAUCAGUUACAUGAGACGCGAGGAUUCUGGAAUGUUCCAAUGUUCUGGAUUUAACGAGGGCGGAUAUGUGACCGGAUAUACUUGGCUCAGGGUUAAAACGUCUGUUCCAGUGUUUAUCGUCCCCCCGACGAAUUUGACGGCUUUGGACGGGAAGGAUGCAACAAUAACAUGUCAGGCUGAAGGAGCUCCUGCGCCCAACGUCACCUGGCACUUUAAUGGAGGUUUGGUUAGUUUCUCUGGUCGGAUUCAGAUUCUGGAGGAUGGAUCCCUUCUCAUAGCUAGUGUUAGAUCUACAGAUAGAGGAGAGUACACCUGUACGCGGAGCAAUGAAGCUGGCGAGAUCACUGGGUCAGCCUGGUUAUCUGUCCUAGUCAGGACACAGAUAGUUCAACCCCCUGCGGACACAAAGGUUAUACUGGGUCAUAUUGCUAAACUGUACUGCAGAGUUAGUUCAGACAACAACGUUGAAUACCAGGUUUCCUGGUAUCAUGAGGGUAAUCUGAUCAAUGAUAAAGCUAGCCAUCGGAUAAACCUCGACAGUGAUGGAACCCUCGAGAUUGCCGAAGCUAGAGCCUCAGAUGCUGGAUCCUAUGUAUGUGAAGUAAAUUCUCCCGGUGGAAAUGACAAGCGAAGCUCAAGAUUAGAUGUGAUUGAGCUGCCCUAUGCUCCCACCAGUAUUAAUGCUGAACGAGUGAAUACAAAACAUAAAUCUGUAAAUGUGAGCUGGACCCCAGGGUUUGAUGGAAACAGUCCCAUUAUAAAGUUUAUUGUUCAGUAUCGGUAUGUACCAGAGACUGGUGCUGUACCAGAGGAUAGCUCUUCAUGGGUCACAGCUUUAUCAAACAUUAGUUCUGCCAGUAGAUCAGUAGUACUGGAUUCCAUGCGUUCCUCAGCAGCAUAUGUGUUCAGGGUUUCCUCAGUUAACAGUGUUGGUGAGGGGCCUCCAUCCACUCCCUCGGACAGAGUAGUUCUACCCCAGGAGCCACCUUCAGCCCCGCCUUUAGGAUUUGUUGGUUCUGCUAGGUCGGAGUCUGAAAUAAUGAUCCAGUGGCAACCACCUCCAGAGGAGGCGCAGAAUGGAGAUAUUAUUGGUUACAUGGUGAGAUACAGGUUGUUUGGAUAUCAUGACUCUCCCUGGUCCUUUAGAAACAUUUCUCAGCCGACACAAAGAAACUAUCUCAUUACUGAACUCAUAACCUGGAAAGAUUACGAGGUGCAGAUAGCUGCCUAUAAUAGAAAGGGAACGGGAGCCUACACUGAUCCUAUCAAGAUGAAAACAAGAGAAGGAGUACCUAGUGCCCCGCCUACUAAUGUUAGAGCUGAAGCCACAGGUUCAAGUACAGUCAAGGUUUGGUGGCAGCCCCCAGAUCCACAGAAGAUAAAUGGGAUCAAUCAGGGGUACAAGUUACAGGCCUGGAGGGGGGAUCCAAAAACUAUAUCUAAACCUCAGCGUACUGUAACCGUUCAUCCUAAUUUACUAAGUCCACUGAGCGAACAGACAGCAGUGAUUGAGAAUCUUGACCCCUGGACGGCCUAUAAUAUUACUGUCUUAUGUUUCACUAGUCCAGGAGAUGGUGCCAGGUCAGCAGGAGAGUUGGUCAGAACCCAUCAGGACUACCCAGGACCUGUCAAAGCUCUGCGCUUUGAGGAGAUCACAGAUAGAGGUGUCAGAGUGAUGUGGGAGGAACCUGAGCAACCUAAAGGAAUUAUUCUAGGAUAUACCGUUAGAUAUAUGGUUAAAGAUAUGAUUCACACACUCAUGGAGAAGAAUUUAACUACUUUGGAAACCAGCUUUUAUCUUAAUCAGUUGAAACCUACAACCCACUAUUCAUUUGAUGUUUUUGCUUGGACUGAGAUUGGAAAAGGAGAGACAAGUUCAGCCACCAUACAAUCUGGUGUAGAACCUGUGCUCCCUGAGCCCCCAACCCGUCUUGCAGUUUCAAAUAUUGAUGCAUUCUCAGCAGUAGUCCAGUUUACUCCAGGAUUUGACGGUAAUUCUUCAAUCUCUAAGUGGAUUGUUGAAGCAUCAAGUGCUAGAAAUGCCACUUGGUCCACUAUCUUUGAAGUAUCCGAACCUGAUGCUUCUACUGUCACAGUUAAAAACCUUGUUCCAUACAUGGAAUACAGGCUGAGAUUAGUAGCUAAUAAUGUGGUUGGGCGUUCCAUCCCAUCAGAGCCAACAAAGAAGUUUCAAACCAUACAAGCUAGACCCAAGCACGCCCCUAAAAAUGUGACAAUCAGAGCUCAUGAAUUCACAAAAUUAAAUGUGCGUUGGACCCCCCUCUCCCAGCAGGAUUGGUAUGGGGUACCCCGGGGUUACAAUAUAUCCUAUAGAAUACUUGGCGACUCUUCUAUGCUACACACCCUCUCUAUUGAAGAUCCCACAGCCAACUCCUUUGUACUGGAUGGCUUGGAGGAGUUUACUCUUUAUGAAGUUCUUCUUCAAUCCUACAAUGAUGUUGGAACCUCAGAUCCUAGCACUGUUGUUGUGGAGAAAACUAAUGAAGCAACCCCAGGUUCAGGUCCUAAGGUGGUGAAUGCAACAACAACAUCAUCUACAACAAUCCUAGUCUCCUGGGGAGAUGUUGAGAAGAUAGACAGAAAUGGUAUCAUUGAGGGAUACAAGGUGUAUUACGGAGCUAAGGAUGUACCUUUUCAAUACCAGAAUAUAAAGAGCAACGUCACUAAACAAACAACUCUGACAGAACUCAAGAAAUUUACUCGGUAUUCCAUUCAAGUGUUGGCAUAUACAAGAAUAGGAGAUGGUGCACUUAGUACCCCACCGAUACAAGUCACGACCUUUGAAGAUGUGCCGGGGCCCCCGUCUAAUAUCUCAUUCCCUGAUGUUUCUUACACCACAGCUCGGAUAAUAUGGGAUGUUCCUCUGGAACCUAAUGGUGAAAUAAAGGCCUACCGUGUUAACUACCACUUACUAAACUCAACUGAGAACUUUACUCGUGAAUUCCUUCCAACUGACAGGACCUUUCGUGCAGUUGGUUUAGUUCCUAUGGUGUACUAUGAGUUCUCUGUAGCUGCAAAGACAGCUUUAGGAUGGGGAUAUGUCUCCAAGGGAGUGGUUUACACCACAAAUAACAGGGAGGCACCGCAACCCCCCUCUGCUCCACAGAUUUCUCCAAGUCAGGUUCAGGAUCGGCAAAUCACUUUUAAUUGGAACCCUGGAUCAGAUGGGUUUGCACCUCUGAGAUACUACAGUGUACAGUUCUCUGAGAACACAGGUCCUUGGCAGAAUGUGAACGAGCGGGUGGAUCCAAGUGUUACAUUUUACACUGUUUACAACCUUAAACCUUACUCUGAUUAUAGAUUUAGGAUACAAGCAAUUAAUGAUAUAGGUCCUAGUGGUUGGUCUCCUGAGUCCAAUUCAACUAAAACACUGCCAUCUGCUCCCUCUUCUAUGAUCGAAAACCUUAAAGUAACCCCUAUCACACGCACUGAUGUAAGAGUGACCUGGGACCCCCUGUCCAUAUCAGAUUUUAACGGAGAUGUGGAAACCGGAGGAUAUAUUGUUGAAUACAGGGAGGUUACUGAUUUCCCCUCCCCCCUCUCCUCCUCCCCUCAAGUAGAGCUCAAGGGAGUCUCAAUCAGCAAAGUUGUUCUGGAAAAUUUGAUUAAAGACAAAACCUAUGAAAUCACCGUGAUUCCAUUCAAUUCCCAGGGUUAUGGUAACGCGGCCCGACCAGUCUCCGUCUAUGUCGGAGAAGCUGUUCCCACGGGAUCUCCUCAAUCCUUGAAAGCUGAAGCAAUCUCUCCUUCAGAAGUUAGAAUAAGUUGGAAACCUCCAAAGACGGAUCAACAGAAUGGAGAUUUGCUUGGAUACAAGAUAUUCUAUAAUUCAAUUCAGCUGGCGGGGAGACAGGAUGAAGUUGAAGUUGUCUCCGCUACCCACACCUCACACUCUCUUAUAUUCCUGGAGAUGUAUACAAACUAUACAAUCUCCAUCCUAGCCUUUAACCCUGCUGGAGAAGGGCCAAAGACGGAAAAUGUUAAUAUUCGAACUCUCCAGGGUGUGCCUGGAGCCCCUGCUAACCUAACCUUCUCCGAGAUAACAAUGAACACGUUGAAGGUGUCCUGGAGUAAACCAAUGAAACCUAACGGAGAAAUCCUGGGCUAUGUCGUCUCAUAUGAAACCACUACACAGAACGAAAAUUUCUCUAAGCAAGUAAAGCAGAGGGUUCAAGAGAACUACCUCUACAUUCAGAACCUGGAGGAAAGGGUCACCUACACCUUUUCCGUACGGGCCCAGACCAUCGACUACGGCCCUGCUGCGACCGGAAAUGUGACGACCGGCCCCCAGCCUGGCUCCCCCAGUAGGAUCACUGAUCUACAGCUGACCAAAACAUGGUCAGCUGUUCGCCUCAGCUGGUCAAACGGAAAAUCCGGGAAAGGACCUAUUCUGGGAUACUACAUAGAAACAAGACAGAAAGGACGAUUUUCUUUUUCUUGCUGCUCCGCCCCUGUAGCUCUGGAGAAUUGGCAGAUUUACGAGGAUAAGUGGAAGUUGUACAGGCGAACAGAUGGAGGUGGUAUACAAGAGUACACUGUUCCUUUCCAGAAUCUUGUUCCAGAAACAUCAUAUUCAUUCAGGGUUAUAGCGUACAACGAGUUUGGGAUAUCCCCCCCAGCUACCACACAGGAGGAGGUGAAGACUCCGUCUAAAGUGUACCAGGAGUAUGGAUAUUCUAAAUCUAAACCGUUCCACCGAGAAACCUGGUUUGUAGUGGCGCUUGCCGCCACCAGUAUUGUCAUCAUUAUCACCGUGGUUGCUGUUCUCUGUGUUAAAUCUAAAACAUAUAAAUAUAAAGAACAAGCGAAAGAGAGUGCAAUGAACGACGGAGGGAUGGAAGAAGGAUUUUCUACUUUUGAAAUGCGACAGUCUCGACGCGGGACCAUGUCGUCCAAACGGGGGACGAUGAAGUCGACUACAACACGUCGGUCCAGUAAUCUAGCGAUGAUAAGCAGUCGUGCACCUCCCCGGCCCACCCCAGGCAUGGUUAACUACUCGGACGAGGACUCAGCGAAGGGAUAUGACGAGAACCCGGACGAUUCUGAUUCAUUAACAGAGAAACCGUCCGAAAUAUCGUCCACCAGUUCACAGGGUACCGAGAGUGAACAAGAAAGUCGUGAAUCUGACCCUCAUUCCAUAUUCAAUCACUACGCGAACGUAAACAACACGUUCCGUCAGAGUUGGAAGCGUCAGAAACCUAUCCUACCGGCUUCUCCCAGUAAACCUAGUGUACCUGGAGCCCGGGGAUACAGCAGCUUCACGGAGUCCUCUGAUCAGGACGGAAACAGUGCUGUUGUUAGUCUAAACGGUACUCAGCUGGUUAUGAACAAUAAAGCAAGAUCUAGGGCGCCACUACCCGGCUUUUCGUCGUUUGUUUAAAUAUAGGAUAUUUCGUCGACAAAUUUGGUGGCCGGGUACCCUUGAUUCCUAGAGCUUUAGUUAAAUCUUGUCAUAAUCCUGCCGGCUGUGAUAUUGUACAGUGUACAGUGUACAGGAUAAAUUUUAUUCUAUCUUCCAUCAUAAAUUCUGACUAUACAUUGAGAUUUGUAUGUUUUCAUAAAUCAGGUAUUAGUUGAGAUCUGUAAAACCUGUUUUUAUGAAUCUCUCUGUAUUAUUAAUGUAAAAUGGUGCUCUACCAAGAAAAUAAAAAGUGUUCUUAUCCUGGUUCGGUUUUACAUUUGGAAUAUCUGCUUAAAAUCAUACUCAAAAGUACAGUGUGUUUCACUAAAUAUACGUAGAGGAACACACUGUAUAAAAAAAUUUAUUUCUAUUAAAAAUUUAAUUUGUUAUUCCAAUUGUAAACCGGGCUGAGAGCUGUGACUAUAAAAGGCUGUGUUACUCAUUUUAUUUCACUCAUUUUUUGAAAAGUUCAUUGCCAACUGCCAUGUCAUACGUCUUAAAGAAGGUUGACUUCGUGACCCCUUCUCUUAAAAACUGAGAUCUCUUAAAUGAUAAAAUGUUUUUUAAAAGCAAAAUAUUCGUCUCGAAUUAUUCCUAAAAAUCUCAAGAUUCUGCAUUUUGAAAGUAAUUUAAUAAUCUAAUACCCCGUCGUAGUUUAAUUUUUACCCUUUUUGUCAAUUAACUGUCGUUCUCUGCAGUACAUUAACCCGUACCAUUUUAUCAGUUGCAAUUUGCAAACUUAAUCAGUUAUUAAAUAAUAUCAGUUAAUGCUACAAGUUGGUACAGCUGACAUUUUACAGUUGUACAACGGGGUCCAUGAAAUGGGAAGAUGGCUGUUAGAUCGGCCAAUAAUCAUGAAACAACGCAGUUGUGCAGUGUACACAGACGCAAUUCACUUAAAAAAUUUAUUUUCAAAAUAUUGUUAAAACUAUAUGGUUUAAACAACGUCAGAGACACAUCAGAUUGUCUAAAUGUCGUCUUAUUCCACAUGUUUAUGGAUCCAACUGUGUAAUCGUACAAGGCCUGUACUGAUAUGUUUUGGUUGAUAAAUGUUUAGAGAUAGAAAAGUACAAAUGUGUUUUGUUAGUAUUAUUAUUAUAAUUGUUGCUCAUUAUUAUAGUUAAAUAAAGAUUAUUAUUAUAAAA